AUGCUCACAGGGAACAGCAUGAACACACAACAGGCAGCACAGAAGGAGGCUCUGAUGGAGGCCGGACGGGGGUCAUCUGCAGACCAGGGAUGCUCCAGGUGCUCUGUGGUUCUGUCGGUUCUGUUGGCUGUGAUGGGAUUGGCCAUCUUGGCUCUGGUGGCAUGGUUCAUCCUGUAUGCAUCUGUAUUCACACCAGCAUGCGGACAGGUGAGAAAACUUAAUGCAAUGAGACAAAUACUGUUAAAAAUACCUGACAUCUCUGUAACAAGUCAGGUGUCAAUCAUCUGUCUGUCUUUGUACCUUACUGGUACUGGGCAAAUGCUAUUAUAGUAGUUUCAUAUAGAGUGGGCUGUAUGUUAAGUAACAAGCUUUCAGAUUGAUUAUGACUUAAAAAAAAGUUUAAAAAAUGAAGGUAACACUUGUAACACUUACAAAGUUUCAUCUGAUUCAGGAAAGAAAUAUUUUAGAUCUUCUGCUUCUUUUGUCUGAAACAAAGUGAAGAUUUAUUCUAAAUUCAUCCAAAACUUAUUCACAGUGUUUGUUUUCACCGCCUUAGAUCCUGCAAUUACAUACAAGCACAUAGCAUUUUGGCUUUGCUGCACCGUAAAACUUAAUUCUGCUGGACUGAAACUGACUGCAAAAGCAAAUUUACAUAAAUUAAUGAUCAUCUAAGGUAGCAUGUAAUAUUUACUAGAGUUGUACACCUCAUUCCCACUUACUUACUGUGUGUGCACUGUGGCAAGUCAAGUAAUUUUAAAGUAUAUGUAUUGUAUCAUCUUAUAUAUUGUAGUAUUAUCAAAAAUUAUAGGAUUAUGCAAUUAAAGUGGUCAAAGCAUGUUACUCUGUGUUUUAUUUGUUAUUACAUACCUGCUUAUCUCACACUGUAAAACACAAGUCAGCACGGUGCCCCUUGUUUCUCCUGUGAGUCAUUGUGGAGUAAAUUUCUCUAACGUCUGAUCAUGCCUUCCUCCUGCUGAUAAACAAACACCGUCCGUGCAUUCACAUUUUCUGCAUAAUAGUCAAAUAAGUGCUAAUCAUUUUAUAAUUAUUGAGCAAACAGUGGCAGCUUUAGAUCCUGUUUUCUCUGGACUGCCGUGUGGCUGUGUGUGUGUGUCUGUGUGUUUAAUACACUGUGGAUCUGAGUGAUAUAUUUUUGCUAAAAUAUAGUUAUACACUUUGAUUACCUUCAUCAGAGAAAAGAGCAACAUGUAGUCUCUGUGGUUUCGAUCUGUAAAGCAAUGCACUUCCUUGUGUUAUAAACUUAAGAUACCAUUCGUUUAUUUACAAAUCUCCAGUCACCAUGCACAUAAGUAAGAGAGGAAUAUGUUUCUGUGGUAACAGCCCCUUGGCUUUCCACUGUGACUUUUAUAUCACGACAAAAUGUCUGCUGAGUAAAAACAGCAAGUAAUCAUUCUGUCUAUUUGUGUCUACAGGAAGCUUCAACGCGAAACAAUACAGGGAAAAUCAACCUGUCCUCCAAACUAACUAAACCAAGUAAGACUUAGAAAUUUGACUCCAUGUUUCUAUAUCUGAGCCUGGUGAAGAAACUCAGCCCUGUGUGUUUCUCCACAGUAAAUGGUACAGAGGGCAGGUACGACAUCUUCACUGUGAACAAAUCAGCGAGCUACCUCAUCUAUGGCUGGGUGCAGCUAAAAGAACUCACCGGAGAGGAGGUGGUUCUCAUGCAGAUCCUGGGUGAGCAAAACAGAACCAUCCAGAAGAGGAACGUCGAUGAGGUGGAGAUCUUCUUCCACAAGAGAGUCCUCAUGGCUGAAGGUGUAAGGAUAAGCAUUUACUUUGAUUCAGCUUACAAAGACAGCUUGUUCCACAUGUAUGAACUUUAA